GAAGGGGCGGGGCCUGCGAGCCGAGGUUUGGAGCUGCGGGCUGCGGCUGUGGCGGAAGAUGGCUGCGGAUGAGGCGGCGGACACUCAGCUGAUGCUCGGAGUAGGACUGAUCGAAAAGGACACAAAUGGAGAAGUUCUGUGGGUGUGGUGUUAUCCUUCCACAACAGCUACUUUAAGGAAUCUGCUGCUGAGAAAAUGCUGCCUUACAGAUGAAAACAAACUUCUCCAUCCCUUUGUCUUUGGUCAGUACAGACGAACGUGGUUUUAUAUCACAACAGUUGAAGUGCCAGAUUCUUCCGUUUUGAAAAAGGUGACUCAUUUUUCUAUUGUUCUGACUGCCAAAGAUUUUAAUCCAGAGAAAUAUGCUGCCUUCACUAGGAUAUUGUGUAGAAUGUACCUGAAACAUGGGAGCCCAGUUAAGAUGAUGGAGAGUUAUAUUGCAGUUCUCACGAAGGGGAUAUGCCAGAGUGAAGAAAAUGGCUCUUUCCUUAGCAAGGACUUUGAUGUCCGAAAGGCAUACCUUGCAGGCUCUGUCAAAGACAUUGUAUCUCAAUUUGGAAUGGAAACUGUUAUCUUACACACAGCAUUGAUGCUAAAGAAAAGAAUUGUCGUCUAUCACCCCAAAAUAGAAGCUGUCCAGGAGUUUACCAGGACUCUGCCUGCUCUGGUGUGGCAUCGACAGGACUGGACCAUCCUUCACUCGUACGUGCACCUCAGUGUCGAUGAGCUGGAAGCCCUGCAGAUGUGCCCAGGUUACGUCGCCGGAUUUGUAGACUUGGAGGUGAGCAAUAGAUCAGACCUUUACGACGUCUUUGUGAAUCUGGCAGACACUGAGAUUACCAUUGCUCCACUCGCAAAAGAGGCCAUGACAAUGGGCAAACUGCACAAAGAAAUUGGUCAGCUAAUUGUUCAGUCUGCAGAAGAUCCAGAGAAAUCAGACAGUCAAGUUAUCCAGGAUAUUUCCGUAAAAACAAAAGAAAUCUUCACCAACCUGGCAUCAUUUUCAGAAGUUUCGGGUGACGGAGGAAAACUAGUUCUCAAUUUUGAGGCACUAAAGCAAAGACGAUUUCCACCAGCAACAGAAAACUUCCUUUACCAUCUAGCAGCUGCCGAACAAAUGCUGAAAAUCUGAACAUGUGAUAGAGUGUAUCACUGAUGACUGAUAUAAAGCUCUUUGACCAUGAUUAUCCAUUAACUAUGUAAAAUACUGAAAAUAACAAAGAAAAUAUUGUUUUAAUGAUUUGAAAGUAUUAAGAUUCGAUCUGAAAAGCACUGAAACACAUAUGAAAAUGUUCUGACUUUCUCCUAGCUGAUUAGUUUCGUGCCUACUAUUGAUGUUGGACAAAGUGCUGUAACUACCAUAGAUAACGUUAUAAAAUGGCCCGAUGUCCUGGCGUAAGAGAAAAAAGCUGUCAAGUUCUCUGUCAAGUUCUUGUGCAAAUCACAGCAAAUCCGAAAGCCUUCAUUAUUAUAAGUUCCAGUUUGUCUCAGUAUGUAGCCACAAAUUAAUGGUUUACUUUCAGAAAGCUGCCUGAAAUUUUGCUUUGUAUUCUUCUAGGAAGAACUUUAAUUCCUCAUGAGGAGCUCUACUUUCUGAGCCAAACUACUAAGUUUUCUGCAGAACUGUCUCGAAGAUCAUUCAAAAGACCUUGCAGUUGCACUUUCUUGUAAAAGAAAUUUUUUUCUUGGCCUUUGAACAUUUUGCCUGUAUGAGGGUUUUGCAUAAAUUUUGUACUUGAGUAGACAACUUUAAUAAUCCAUAUUUAUACUUGGCAAACUUAAGUCACCAGUACUCUUCAAUUAACCCUGUUGCUAGCAAUAUUACUUUGAAAAAGAUGCCAGUGCUUAUAUGGCAGAGUAAAAUAAGCAGCCCACUUUGAAUAUAAAUGUGACUGAAACAGCAACUUUAUGUAAUUGGUAAGGAGUGUGAGAAUUAACUUCUUGCAAGGGCCAAAACCAGAGAAUGUCUUCCAACAGCUUCAGUAAAAGUAACUUGGCCACAUAUGAAGGUAACUGUUCCUGUUUAGUUAUGUACCUUUCCCAUAAUUGGAGACCUAAAAAUUGCAAAAUAAGCACAGAGGUCUAAAUUACAUACUUGUUAUUUUAUAUAUAUUCAUGUUAAUUAUGAAAGAUUAUUUUAUACUCAGUACUGUUGUCCUUAGAAAUCUUACCCAGAAAAAGGUGUGCAAAAAAAUCUUGUCUUUAUUGGAUCUUUCAUUUAUUCUUGUAAAAAUUAAAAAUAGCCUUUUCCUUCCCUCCUUGGGGAGGGGUGCAUCUGAAAUCGAGAUCUUUACUAAGGCAAACAACUUAAAAUUAAAUCUGCACUUUAUGAAAAUGAAUACUAACAUCUUUUUCUCCCUUGUUUUUGUAUUACUACUAUAUAAGCUGAUGAUCCAAGUUGUUAAAAUUACAAAUUUUUGAUGCAGAAAUAAAAUGGAAGUAUUUUGAUACUCAACAAAGCUUUAGUUAGAUGAAGAUUCGUGCCCUCUUUCUGAUUUUCCCCCAAUCAAAACAAACAAACAAA